GCUGGCCUAUAGAGAACAAACCUCAGUCUGGUUUAUCUGACUUUAGGCUGCCACUAAAUCCUUUAAAGCUUAGUGUUAUUAUCCAUACAUCUGCAGCUGGAGGCCUGCUGAGGUGCAGUCGUCCUCUGCACACCUGAUUUCUCAUCUUUCUCUGUGUAUAAAAGUAAAAACAAACAGAGAGGAAGAGACAUCAGCCUCUUCCUCUCUUUCCCACCCCUCCAAAAAAAACCUCCAUCCUCAGUUUUUCUCUUGUUUUGGUCCUCACCCAAACGCAACCAUAAGGUUCCUACCGCAUCCUCCGCCUCCUUCUUCCCUCUCCUUCCGCUCGAGUAUAUCCCGGUUUUUCGGUUUGGUUUGGUCCCGCAAAUUUUCAAAUAUUUACUUCCUGUACAUCAAGAGGAAAGGGGGUCCCCCUUUCAUGGAAUGCGGAAACAUGGGUCUGUUCGACCGCGGAGUCCAGAUGCUGCUGACCACGGUGGGAGCCUUCGCGGCCUUCAGCCUCAUGACCAUCGCGGUCGGCACGGACUACUGGCUGUACUCCCGCGGUGUCUGCAGGUCCAAGUCCAUGAGCGAGAACGAGACCAGCAAGAAGAACGAGGAGGUGAUGACCCACUCGGGCCUGUGGAGGACGUGCUGCUUGGAAGGAAACUUCAAAGGGAUGUGUAAACAGAUAGACCACUUUCCAGAGGAAACAGAUUAUGAAGCGGACCCAUCUGAGUACUUCUUACGUGCGGUGCGAGCCUCCAGCAUCUUCCCCAUCCUCAGUGUCAUCCUGCUCUUCAUGGGAGGCCUGUGUAUAGCUGCCAGUGAGUUCUACAAGUCACGCCACAACAUCAUCCUCAGCGCAGGGAUCUUCUUUGUGUCUGCAGGCCUCAGCAACAUCAUUGGGAUCAUCGUGUACAUAUCAGCCAACGCAGGGGACCCUUCAAAAAGCGACUCGAAGAAGAACAGCUAUUCCUACGGCUGGUCCUUCUAUUUCGGUGCCCUCUCCUUCAUCAUGGCUGAGAUGGUUGGCGUCUUGGCCGUGCACAUGUUCAUCGACCGCCAUCGACAGCUCCGAAUAGGGGCGCGCGCAGCCGACUACCUCCAAGGCUCGGCCAUAACACGGAUCCCCAGCUACCGCUACCGCUAUAGACGUCGCUCGCGCUCCUCCUCCCGCUCCACAGACCCGUCACACUCCCGCGACACCUCGCCAGUGGGCCUCAAGGGCUUCAGCGCGCUGCCAUCCACGGAGAUCUCCAUGUACACGCUGCCCCGGGACACUCUGAAGUCCUCUGGCACGCCCACCGCCACCUACAACUCUGAGAGGGACCACAACUUCCUGCAAGUCCACAACUGCAUCCAGAAGGACCUGAAAGACUCGAGCCAGACCAACACAGCGAACCGCCGCACCACGCCGGUAUGAGGGAGUCAACACAGGCCAGGGCGGCCCGGCAGAGAGACCAGGAGACACGGGAACCCUGUGGGUGCGGUAUGCCCCCAGGAGAAGAUGGAUUUCCAUGUUUAUAGACAUUUGUUCUUUUUGUUCAGCUGCAUGACUUUUCCAUUACCAUUGUUGAGAGUUUCAACAAGUCUGCUGUGUUCCUGGAUUGAAUGGCAGAGCAGUGAGAAUGGGUCAGGGCGUCCCAAAAGAGUGACAUCUGUCAUUUUUUUGCGUAGGGUUUGUUUAUGAGGGGUACUGAAAGGGAGGGUGGGAGAGAGGGGGGUGGGCAGUGAUGAGAUAAAGAUUUCAUGAUUUCAUAGCCCUUUGGUUUGACGGUUUUGCCCCACGAGGUUGGUUGGAGCAACAGGUCGAGCUCCCCCUCAGCAAGCCCACCGCUCAGAUAGACACCUCUUUUAUUUAUUGACUCAUUUGUUCAUUUUUUGCAUUAAAACUGUGAAUUGUUACAGUUUGGGAUUCAGUAAGAAUUA